AGGCGAACGUCGUACUUGCUGACAUAAGAUCUCUGCGAGCUUCGCCAUCGUGCGACAUCGUGCGACAUCGUGCGACGGGCGCUCCAGGAGUCUGGGUAAUAGCGGUGGAUGGGAUUCGGGGACGGGGACACAGCCCUUGUUGUUGCACCGCUCACCAAAUCUGAAAAUUCCGGGUGCAUUUCCACAUCUUCUCCGGCAAGAUGCAGUCUUCACUUUGAUAUUUGAUAAUUGCGAGUGCAUUUGGACGUCUUCUGCAGCAACAUACACUCGUCACUUCGAUAUUUUGGUUGGGAGUAGUUGGAACGACGGCCUGGCCGGGCUCGUCGAGGCGGCGGUCUAUCGCCAGCCGCGGCAUUCUGCGGUGGGCACUGUACUUAGGGGAGAGAUCCCACUGGCAAAGAGGAUUGGAAGAAGUGUCAGAAUGUGGACGUGUUUGUGGACAGGUGCGAAAACUUGUGAUUGAUGUACUUUUCUGCACCUUGCGAGGAACACGCCCAGAUUCAGACACUUCUUCCAAUUCUCUUUGCCUGUCGGAUCUGGCCCUAAGUCUUCGCCCCAGUUCGGCGGAUGAUCAAAUUCGGUUCGGCGAUACAUUUGGUUGGGAAACCUUCACCAUGCGCGGGGAAUGGUGUGGCAGGAACGGCACGUGGGACGCGAUGGCGGGCGAUUGAAUGAACGUGGGCGACGAUGCGGUCUAAGCGAGUAACGAAAGGGUUUUGCCUCGUUGGCGGGGGGCGUACGGAAGGCGACUUAUGAUAGGCGCGAAAGUCGAUCAAACGAUCUACUGAUUCGAUAUCGCUCGCUCGCUCGCUCGCUGGCUCGUUAACCAGCAGAUCAAUUACAGUAAUUUAUAAAAGCGAGGAAGGUGUUGAACGGCAAAGGCGACAUAAGGCAAAGGCGACAGGAGGCGAAGGCAGCGCCGCUCCGUGAAGAUGCAACCCUCUCGCAUACUUUUGAUGGUCCUUCUGCUGGGAGUUUACAGGGAUGUGCUGUCGUUGAUGUCAUCUCCGGAGGACGAUUCCAACAACGCAAAAACUCGUUCCGAGAAGACUGUCACCGCUGGGCAAGAGGGAUACGUGGAUAUGGCAGCCGAUGGGGCGGAUUUGCUGAGUGAGGGCGGGAGAAUACACAUCUCCUUCUGCACCUCCUGAUCCUACAGGUCAGCGUUCAUGCAGGUGAAGGGCAUUCUGCACGAACGCUUUCCUGGCGUCCCGAUCGUGGAUACCACAUAUCCGGCGCCAUGGAGAAACAGGAUGAUUGCGAACCUUGUUGGGGCAGGACAAGUGGCAGCCAUUGGAAUUGGUCUCGUCGGAGACCGCCUACCCCCUCCUAUGCAGUCGGUCAUUCCGCAGGGGAUCUUAGAUCUCGCCCGCCAGAACAAAGGCAUGUUUCUCGGUGGGGCCUUCGUUCUUGGCAAUAUGCUAAGGUCGGCUGUUCUUACCACAGGUGCCUUCGAGGUUUACUACGACGGGAAAUUGAUUUUCUCUAAGCUGGAGCAGGGGCGGCUGCCGGCCGAAUAUGAGCUUGUACAAGGGCUGCUGGAAGCAAUGAGAGAGGGGAGAGGGGGUGUGAGGAGGUGGCAAGACUAAUGCGGUUUGGGGAGUGUUUGGCAGAUUCUGCAGUGUGGGAGGUUGCUGAAGGUGGGAGGUGUUAUCUUCUAGAUGAGUAGCUAUUUCACCCUUUUCCCCCUUACCCUUUCUCCUUCCUAUUAUCGACUUUCUCGCACUGUCAUUUUUCUGGUGGUCGCUGCCAGGUUACAUGAGAAAAGGGUGAAGGGAUGUUUUUGUCCCAGAUAUGGAGAAACGGGAAAGAAGACACCCUCCUCUUGUCUCCCACUGCAGCUGGACUGAAAAGGAGUUGAAAUGCUAGUCGGGAAGGGAGUGUCUCUGUGAGUCGAGCGUUCUUUGGCGCGUACUUUUUGUGUGGGGUGAGGAGCCGGUGAUGAAGACAUUAACAGUUGCUGUAUCUGGAUAUGACUGACCCAUCUGAAAGCUCUGGCAUGAUGGCUCACGACCGAGCGGACACAGGACCGUGAUCUCUUUGUUGUCUGCCUUCACGCCACAUUUCGUAUGCUGACCGAAAGCCGCUGAGGACUGUAGAAUCGAGUAUUGCCCAUGGCACCAGUUCGAGCAGGAGGGGACUGGUUCGAACAUGGCACUAACUGGAUCGUGGGUUGGACAGGAUCAUAGCUUGAAUUGAAUGUAGGAGGGUAGGAGCAAGCAGAGUUGGAGGUGAUAUGUUCUGUAGUUGUCUAGGCCAGAUAAGCAUAGGCUGUUCUGGUGGUUACACACACACACACACACACACACACACAGUUGGUGAAAGUCCGAUGAAACAGUCUGGCACGGUCAUGCUUUUUUUUUAGUGUAUAGCGGAUAUGACACACACACACACACACACACACACACACAUACACACACACACACACACACACACAGAGAGAGAGAGAGAGAGAGAGAGAGAGAGAGAGAGAGAGAGAGAGAGAGAGAGAGAGAGAGAGAGAGAGAGAGAGGGAUGGGCUUGUUGUGGAUUGAUGUCUGGUCCAAUGUAUUGGACAAUCAUUUGAGAUGAUUUGUGACGAUGUGGAGUCACGAAGCCAAGCGUCA